AUUCUGCACAGUGCAAUGUUUUAUCGUAAUAAACCGCACUGGCCAAGCAUCUCCUCUUCCGGGAUCACUGAGUUGUGACGUCAGAGGGAGGCGUCGCAGCCACCUGACCUGAGCUGAAGCGGAGAGGAAAGCAAACAUGGCGGACCUGGAAGAUGUUACGCUGGAUGGGAAACCGCUUCAUUCACUCCGGGUGGCAGAUCUGAAAUCUGCUCUGGAGCAGAGAGGUCUCCCCAAGAGUGGACAGAAAAAUGCACUAAUCAAGCGACUCAAAGGGGCUCUGAUGUUGGAGGAUCUGCAGAGGAUCUCCACUCCUCAUGUUGGACUGCAGCCCAACUCUCAGGUCGGGGAGGAGAUGAGUCAGAACAGCUUCAUAAAGCAGUAUCUGGCCAAGCAGCAGGAGCUCCUGAGGCAGAGGCUGGAGAGAGAGGCGGGGCCUGGCAGUCUUGCAGGACCAGACAAUGACGAUGAUGUCACAGAGAGCGGUGACAUCACUUCCUGUACCCCUGUUGAGCAGUGCUCUGGGGGCCCCACCCCCCAUCUGGCAGAGGAAGUGAUGUCAUCCGAGGUGUGUGUGCUUCUCCCGCCAUCCUCUGCACCCUUGGGAUUUGGAUGCCCCGCCCCGUGCCCCGCCCCGUGCCCCGCCCUGGCCCCUGCCACUGGGCCCCUCCCUGCGCAAGUCCCCGUGGGCCCCAGUCCGUCCCCGCAGGGCGCCAGCGACGAUGACGAGGACAGCGAUGAAGAGUGGGGCGUGGUGAGGGCAGGUCUGCGGAGGCCUGGCCACAGUCCCUCCUUCCCCCUGCCCGACACCCCCAAGCAGAGCCCCCCCCAGGCACCGGCCCCGCCCUGCCCCGCCCCUGCUGUCUCCACGGAGACGCAUGGUCCCGCCUCCCAGGAGGGAGGGGCAGAGGGCGGGAGGCGGGGCUCCUCUCUGGCGUGGGCACACAUGUAG